AUGUUUAAAAUACUAGCUUUUUUCGCCUUUUUAAAUGUUGCAGUAUCUCGCUUUGUUGGUGAUGAGUGCAAAACAUCUGACAAUGAUGGAACAUGUGUGUUAGUCACUGAUUGCCCUGUGGCCAUUAGGGCAAUAAAAGAAAAUGAUCGCCAUCCAUAUAUGAGAUGUGGUUUUAGUGGUCAAAUUGAAAUUGUAUGUUGUCCUAAGACAGCAAUUGAAUACAAACCUAUAAGGACCUCCACAAUAAGAACAGAAGAGAAAUUUGGUGGAAACCGAGUUGCAGAUAUUCAAUGUAAGAAAAUAGUAGAUUCUAGUAUACCACCACUAGGAUUACACAUAAUCGGAGGGGAAACAGCGUCGCCCGGGGAAUUUCCGCACAUGGUUGCACUCGGAUACGAGCGCGCGGACGGUUACGAAUUCCAAUGCGGCGGUUCACUUGUUUCCGAAUAUUAUGUUCUUACUGCAGCGCAUUGUAUAGACACACUGGAUCAAGUAAAACCAAGCAUAGCGCGGAUGGGUGUGGUUGAAAUAGGAGGCAGUGCGUUCAAUUCAGUAACAGAUGUAAUGAUAGCUGAAUUAAAAUUGCACCCGCAGUAUGCUAGAAAAGAGAAAUACCACGAUCUCGCUUUAAUUAGGUUACAAUCGCCAGCUGAAUUGUCAUCUGAUUUGAAUGCGAUAUGCCUUUACACCCAAGAUGAUGACCCACAAGUUGCUUUAACUGUCACCGGUUGGGGAAAAACCAGCACCACACGUGACAUAAAAAGUAAUAUAUUAUUGAAGGCAAAUGUAUCUGUGGUCGAUAUCUCCAAGUGUGGCGAGUCUUAUACUAAUUGGCGGCGGCUUCCCAAAGGUAUUGCACAGACACAGAUCUGUGCCGGCGACGAGUUGGGACGACAUGACACCUGCCAGGGCGACUCUGGUGGGCCCCUUCAAGCUCUUACGGCCAGUGACGGGAACUAUCGAUUAAUCGGUGUGACGUCAUUCGGCCGCGGUUGUGCCUCUACAGUGCCUGGAGUGUACACGCGUGUCUCUGAGUACCUCGACUGGAUCGAAAGUGUUGUGUGGCCAAAUGAAUCUUAA